AUGGCCUCUCUGAGCCUCGGCCUGCAGUCUGAGUGUGCUGUGCUGAGUGGGGAGCAGGAGGAGGGUGCGCUUCUGCCCUAUGUCCCAGAGUCUGACCCCAAGACCUGCCGGCCGGAAGGAGAAUACUAUGAAAACAGCAUCAAGAUGUGCUGCAGCAAGUGUCAGCCUGGCCAACACGUGCAGAGCUUCUGUAACGCAACCUCAGACACCGUCUGCGCCCCCUGUGAGGAUAACACAUACACCGAGCUCUUGAACUUUGUCUCCGAGUGCUUCAGCUGUGACUCCCGCUGCAGCGCCCACCUGGUGGAAGUUCAAGCCUGCACUCGGGAGCAAAACCGUGUCUGUGGCUGCAAACCCGGCUGGUACUGCAAGAUGAAGAUUGGGAAGAAAUGCCGCCAUUGUACUCCGCUGAGCAAGUGCCCGCCCGGCUCCGGAGUGGCCAAACCAGGAACUGAGACAACAAAUGUGGUGUGUUCACCUUGCGCCCCGGGGACAUUCUCCAGCACGACUUCGUACACAGACAGCUGCAGGCCCCACCGGACCUGUAGCCUCGUGGCCAUCCCUGGCAAUGCAAGCAUGGACACGGUCUGCGGGGCUCCGGCCCCUGCCCUGACGGGGACCUGGAGACCCGCCCCUACACGCCAGCCGGAGCCCACCAGAUCCCCACCCGUGGAGGCCACUCCAGGAGCCGACACAGUUCCAAGAACUUCUCCCCUGCUCCCCCUGGGCCCUAGCCCCCCGGCUAAGGGGCUCAGCACAGGCAAUAUCACUCUGCCAAUCGGGCUGAUUGUGGGCGCCACAGCCUUCGGGCUGCUCCUGAUAGCGCUGGUGAACUGCGUCAUCAUGACCCAGAGGAAAAAAAAGAGCUCCUGCCUGAGCGGACAAGCCAAGGCGCCUCACCUGCCGGCUGACAAGGCCCAGCUUCAGCAAGACGUGGAGCAGCAGCACCUGCUGACCACGGCCCCCAGCUCCAGCAGCAGUUCCCUGGAGAGUUCAGCCAGCACCGCGGGCAGGCAGAACCAGCCACGUGCACGGGACACAGAGAAGCCCAGUGGCCCUGGGGCUGCCCGGGCCAGCUGCACAAGCCCAGAGCCCUCCCCCGGCGGUGGUGGGACCCACGUCAACGUCACCUGCAUCGUGAAUGUCUGCAGCAGCUCCGACCAUGGCUCCCAGUGCCCCUCACAGGCCAGCUCCGUGGCGGGGGAUGUGGAUGGCCCCCAGGGCUCCCCAAGGGACGAGCAGGUCCCUUUCUCCACGGAGGAACAGCCCUUUCAGUCCCAGCUGGGGGCGCCAGAGACGCUACCGCAGAGCUCGGAGGAGAAGCCGCUGCCUCUGGGCGUGCCGGAUGUUGGCAUGAAGCCCCGUUAACCUGCUGGCAGGGGCCUUGGGCAGCCUGUCCCUCCAGGUCCCGCCUGCCAGGACUCUGGGAGGUUUCCUUUAUCGGCUUCCUCAGCCUCUGUUUGGCCUGCAGGUCCAGAGGGGCCCUGAAGACCCCUCUUCUGCCUGGUGUGCGUCCUUCGUGAAGAGCUGCCUGGUCAAUGGCAGAGCCAACCCCAGACUCCAGGGCUGCUGGGCCGGGUCCCUCUGCCUCUUGGAACUCCCCUCGGCUGGAGCCUGGCUCCUGGAGCCUUGGACGGUUUGGACUGCGCUCUCGCUUCCCAGGAGGCCCUGCGGGCCCCCCCCCCCCCCCCUUGCAGGAGGAAGGACAGAGCUUCAGCCUGAAUGUUGAGACAGGGGGAUAGUCCCAGAGAGCACACUCCAUGGGGGUGCGCUCGGAGUAGAUGGCUGGCUCAUCGUAGGGAGGGCUUGGCAGCCCCUGCAGGGGACAUGGAUCUCCCACCUUACUCAGGACCCUCAGAAAGUGCCCCCCGCCAAGUCCAUUCCUGCCAUCCUGUCCUCUUGUACCACACUUUGAAAAUUAGGUGCCCAGAGGCCUGAGGAGGUAGCCCUAACGAGGCAGAUGGCAAGCUCUUAACCGGAAAUCAUUCCAUUUUAACAUGUGGCAGUUAACAUACUAUCGACCCCACGCAGGCAAACCAAACAAGAAAGUAUAGCUCGGAGGGCUCCUCCAGCCCUUGACCCAGGCUGUCCUGGCCUCUGGUCUUCACUCCAGUGGCCCUGAGAACCAGUGCCCACCCCCAGCCCUCCCCUGACACCCUGGUGUGAAGCCGCACCUCCUCCUAUCAGGGAAAUUUCUGGAACUGUAAGUGUCUGAGGCUCCUACAGGCAUCUCUUUCCUCCUACCUCAGCCUGGACUUCCCUCCUUCCCUCCUGAGGGGCGCUCCCCGGGCCCCUCUCCUUGUCCUGGAUCCCCAGCCCCCGGGGAGCUGCGGAGCCACUUUGGUAUGGUGCCUAUGGUCACGUGUCUGUGUCUGUGUCCUGUCUGUCUAACCUGUGCUGCCGGGUUCGGUAGCCUGUUUUGAAGCAGCUGAGGCCAUCAUUUUGCCUAGGGAUUCUCUUCUUCCCACUGGAGAGUCUACCACUGCCCCCACCCGCGCCAGCUCACACUCAGAACACCGCAGGGGGUGGGACCAAGUGUGGACUAGACCAGGUUCUAGAAAGAGCCUGGCUGCAUCCCAGGCACUUGAAUCCCACGCUGAUAAAUUCCACCAGACUUGAACUUGGCCCCUGAACUAUCCAUUUCCAUGGAGACAAGCAGGACUUCCCAUCCCGGAAUCACAUCACGAUGGCAAAGGGCCUGCACGGGCCAGGCUCCCAGGCCAAGUUGGACCCUGCUCGCUGGCGGAACGUGUCUGCCCUCUGGUGGACAAUCCGGGAGGACCACAAACCUGGCUGGCGUGGGAAAGGAGUGUGGCUUUUAGGGUGUGGCUCUAUUUCCCCCAGGCUCGCCUUGAUCCCAUGACCAAGCGUUGCACUGUUUGCUGAACAGUAUUCCUGCUUAUAAAUAAACUUUGUGUUUGUUUUACUUCUUGA